AUGUGCAAAGAGAAGUCUAAAAAGAAGUUGAAUUCCACCCAAAAGGUUAAGAAAAGAAACUCUUCGGCAGAGAAGUUGAUUAACGCGACCACAACCAGGGGUUUACUGUCCAACACAACGCCCAAGAAAUUGAUUAAAAGUCAAAAGGCUAUCAAGAAGUCGGUGUUGUCUUCGAAACAAAAGUUACCUAAAAAUAAACUCUCGAAGAAAAGCGCUAAACAGACAACUGUCCCGUCGAAGCCUACCAUCAAUUUCUCUAAUGGAUUGAGUGGUGAAGAGCGUGACAAAGCCGUAGAGAUAGUGACAGAUAUCAUACAAAACACGAAUAAGUCGUCCGAUUUGGUGGACUGUAUUCGUAAGGAAUUGGAGCGAGAGUUAGGCCUAAGAAGUAAUGUUAUCCUGUCUUCGACUCCAUUCAUGGAUCAGUCUCUCAACAAAAUCCCCGGAUCUGUUGUCAUGCAAUUGGGUGUCAAUAAUAUGUUCAAUAAUAACGAUGUAUUGGUGUCUGUGUUCGGCUCCAUGAAUGGCAACGAAUUCAUCGAGAGAUCCAGUAAUCUGAUGAAAGCGGCGCAGAAGUUGUCGCCAAAAAUUAUCGACUCAUUAAUGAGCACUGAUAUGAAGCAAGAAAUACAGAAGUUGUCGACAAAAGUAGUAAGAAAUGCCAAAUCUAUGGUUGAGUUAAGCGAUCAGUUGAGUGAAGUGAUCAAUGAUAGGUAUGGCCCGCACUGGCACUCAGUGGUGGGCCAUAAGAAUAUGAUGUCUGUCGACAAUCACCGAAAAUCGUCCAUAUUUUACAUUAACAUGGAUUUCGGAGACAUGAGAGUCUCUGUAUUUAAAUGA